UUUGUAAUUUUUUAAAAUGGAGCAGCCUCAUCCCUUCUUGAUCAUAGUUCCAUUGAUGGCCAGUCUGCACAGUCUGUGGUUCUACACAAAACUGUAUUUUAGGAAGGACAUUCCAGAAUAUUACUGAGUAAUAGACAAGGUAUCCAUCUCAGAACUCGAUUUGACAUUCUAUUACGCGCUAGCGUACCUCUUAUGGCCGAUAACCCUUGCAUUGAUGCUGAUAUAUCCGACAAAUCACUAUAUAGGCACUUGGCUGCUAUAUGGAGUUUACGACUAUCACGGGUUGAUAAACCUGUUCACUAUUUUGGUGUCACUUGACACUUAUAAUGAGUUCAAGGAAUUUUGCUACACAUGAGCAUUUGCGCUUAUUUCUAACCAGAUCUACAUUAGUUGGGUGUUCAGCUGAAUCCUUCCUGAAACGCCGUGGAUAUAUCUCAUUCUUUGAGGUGUCAUAAUCUGACUAGUUAUCUGUGUUAAAGGCAUGAAGGAAAAUAUCGAAGAAGAGGAAAGAAUGAUCGAAGAAAUGAGAAAAGCCCAAGAAGGUGACUUCCCUGUACUUGACUCUAAAAGACCAGUAAUUAAGAAAAAAUUUAAAGAGGACGAAGAUGACCUUGAUUUGGAAAAUGAUGAUAUGGCCAAACUUAUGAGACAGAUUAAAAGUAAUAAGAGACUCAAACUCAAUAUUAAGCAGGCUAUCGGGGAAAAUAUUUCAGAGGAAGAUAAGGAAUAGCAGUUUUAGUCCCUUCUUGCUAAUAAAAUUCUCAAAUC